AUGUGCCUGAAGCGUACAGCAGAGGAGUUCGCCGCCACGCAGCUUCUGCAGAAGCGGUACGAGAACACGCUGGCGGAGCUCAUGGGGUGGCAGCGCGCUGUGGUGCGUGUGACGGGCGCCUCGCCGCGCCAUGGAGCCGCUGCUUGGGACACGGCGGGGCGCGACCCUCGCCCGCUCUCGUGCAACGAGGAACAGCAACAACAGCGGCAGCCGCAGCAGCAGAAGCAAGGAAAACAGCCACAUCUGGCGAGCAUUGUAGUGGCAGACGAGUGCACAGUGGUGGAGAUGGAGCGACGCCGCACCUUUGUCGUGGACAUGGCGUACUCCGCGCUCUCUCUCCAGGAGCGCAAGCGUAUAGAGACAGCUACAGCCGCUCCUCCUCCUUCUGCUUCUUCUGGUAGUGCUGGUAGCGCGAUUGAUGACGUUGGCCAACCGGCGGGGAUGGACGACGAGGAGCUUGCUGCCGCCAUUCGCAUGGAUGGCGUCAUUGCAGACGUCCUGUCGGGUGUGAACACCGUCUUUCUCUCCUUUGGCCCCGCUGGUGGAGGCAAGACGGAGGUGCUGUACGGUACAAAGGCGGCGAUGCUGGAGUAUGAGUUGCUGCAGCAACUCUUCCGCAACACUCGGCGGUCUGCGAGUCGCGGGCGGUUACCGUCUGUUGCUGCAUCCACUGCCUCACUGCAUAGCAAUGGACAAACAGCAGGGCUACUGUCGCUCUUCGUCCAUGGCCUCUUCGACAACCUUGUGGUGCAGGCCGUAGCACACUUUAAUAUACGCUGCACCUUCGUGGAGCUCGCGAUGAACCAAACCGUUGAUCUUUUGCUGCAGCAGCCCGGUAGAAGCACGUCUAUCGGCGGCAGCAGCAGCGUGCUGGUGAAAAUGGUCUCUGCUGUGGCGGGUGAGCCCUCUGCUGCUCCUGCUGCACUGCAGCUGUGUGGUGGCAUUGGCGAGGAGGUAACCGCAGUGAAGGCGGAGACGGCGGAGGAGGUGAUGCGUGUGUUCUUCGACGGGCUCGGGCGGCUGGGGCGGUGGCGCCGCGCCGCCUCCUUGCGGGCGUCUGUGAGUGGUGGCGACAGCAGCAACGCUGACGGUGGCGCGGCAGUGACGCAUCGCGGUGGGGUGUCGCACGCCAUCUUCUCCCUCAGUGUGGAGAGCUUCAACGAGAAGGGGCACUACCGACGUGCGAUGGCGUCUUUUGUUGAUCUUUGCGGGCCGCCGACGCCAGCAGCAACACGGGCGUCGGCAUCACCAGCACCCGCAGCGGCGCGACUGGCCACACCGGAGGAGCAGUGGGUGGAGGAGUCGCUGCAGGCCGUCUGCGACGCGGUCGCUGCCACCGCGCAGGUGCGACGCGUUCCCUCCAGCGGCGGCGGAAACAGUAGCAGCAGCAGCAGCAACAACAACAAUGACAGCAGGGGCGACGCCGCGCGUGCGGCCGUUGCGUUUAACGAACUGCCAAGCUCCCACACAAACUGCAUGGCGCGUUUUCUCCGCCCCAUCUUUGGUGGUAACGCGAAGGCUAUUCUCGUGUGCUGUGUCGAUGCGGCGCAGCACAGCAGGGAGCAGGUACUCAACUCGCUCACAUACGCGUACUUUUUCAAACGUAUUCAACACCAGGCCGUGCCGUACGACAUCCCCCCAGAGCUCCAGCGGCUCAAUCUGCAGAUGAAUGCAUUUCUCGCCGGUGGCUCGGAGGACGAAGAUGGCGGAGGCAGCAGCGGCUCGUUUGCCUCGGAGGAUGAGGGGCAGCAGGAGGUGUAUCGUCGGCGCGCAUAA